AUGUCAUUUGACGUUUAUGUUUUUAUUCGGAUUCGGGGGAACUGGGUCGAACACCAAUUUCUUUGAUUUUCUUGUUAAUUUUCAUUAUAGAACAUUAAAAACAUAAAAAUUCUCAACUUCCAACGAAGCAAGAUGCCGUCGAUGAAAGUGGAAGGCGAUAGUGAUGGAGAUGGAGACAUGUCGGGUGGUGAUACGGAGAGAUCCGGGGGCUCUUCCAGGGGCCCUGACCGCGACUCCAGCGCGGAAGAAGCCGAUGAACCAGACUCUGACGAUUCCUCUGAGAUGGACGAGAGUGAAUGCGAACGACGGAGGAACGAAUGCUUGGACCAUUUAGCAAACCUUGAGAGGCAGUUCACAGUUCUGCGUGAACAGUUGUACAAUGAGAGAAUGAAGCAUGUUGAGUACCAGCUCUCCGAAGUUCGUGGUGGAAGAUCCCAGGAGUACCUCGGGCCGCUACACCGACUGCAAGAUAAUAUGAGAGUCAGGAUCGAAGUGGCUGGUAUCCUGAAGCAGAUGAGAAUCGAGAACAUCAAGCACAAGUAUGAGGCGGAAGAGCAAGCUGCUCAUCAGCACUUCAGGAGCGAAAAAUGGUUGUCAUACGAAUCUCUAAAAGAGGAAAUCUUAGAGAAAAUACGAAAAAUAGAAGAAGAGCGGCACACCGUCGACAUCUGGCCGAGCAACGAGCUGUGGGGCAGGAAGAGAAGACGUAGACAGGUGGCGGUGUCACCGCCGUACGUGGUGUAUAUGCUGCCCGACUCCGACAUCAUGGAAGACUGGCGGCUGGUGAGGAAACUGCUGGAGAGAGGCGACUGAUACCGGUAGGGGUAGGGGCUAUUAAAUUAUUGAGAGGUAUUGUUAGGGGCAAAUGUUAGGGCCUAUACACACGGUGAGUUUUACGCGCGCGUUAAAACGCUUGAAACUGAAUCCAGUCACAGACAGUAAAGUUGUAACCAUAUAGUUUUAGCUGUACUUUAUUUAUUUUACGCUACAUCGAUACAAACACUAAUUUACAUCUCUAGAGCACUUUUCAACAACCUAUCUAAGUUUAAAAUAGCUACAUAGGUAGUUUGUUUGGCAAUUUGUAUUUUGUUUAGUACAUCUUUAUAUGUGAAACGUAGUCGGUUCACUGGUUAUAUACGAGUAUAUUUAAGUUAUAAAUGAUGGUAACCUGAUUUUAUUUUUACUUAAAUUAAUAAUUCGCGUGUGCUCUGCAUGCGAAAAUCGCUCCGUGUGCAGUGACCUUGUAAAUGAUGACGUUGUGACAUUUCUCUAAAUAAGGUCGGCCGCAAACACUCGUUUUCCGAAUCCGUUUUCCGUGUUCGGAAAACCGAAUGCAUGAUAUCAGUAUAAAAAAACAACAAAUUCCGCAUGUACGUAUAGAAUGCGAGCCCUUGCGAUAAUAUACAUCCCGAAUCAAGAAAAACGUAAAGUCUGCGGUAGUCUCACGGAAUUCCAAAUUAAAGUUACUCAUUAAAAAAACGAUUGUCUGGGGCCGGCCUAAUGGUGAUUGAGAUUCUAUAAAUGAUUGCAUAUUGUUCUAUUUUACAAAGUUUUCUUUUAGGUUUGAUCGUAUAUGUAUGGGCAUCGAGUGAGACCCAAAUUGAAUUUUUAUUUUAUUGAUUAUAAAAUUUACUUUUUGAAAAUGGUUACUGUUUACCAAUGCAUAAUAAUGUGUGUAUGCAUAAUAAUGCAUACCUAUUUACAUUUCCUUUUUGCAGCUAAAAUUUUAUCACAUGAUGUAUACGUUAUUUAUUUUUAACUGGCACCUUAACAUUCAUAUACACCGAUUGUGUAGUGUCUAUGAAGCGACAGACAGAUUAUUAUUAUUUUUUUAUUCUUUACAAGUUAGCCCUUAACUACAAUCUCACCUGAUGGUAAGUGAUGAUGUAAUCUAAGAUGGAAGCGGGCUAACUUGUUAGGAGGAGGAUGAAAAACGCUAAAUCGCUUGGCGGUACGUCUUUGUCGGUAGGGUGGUAACUAGCCACGGCCGAAGCCUCCCACCAGCUAGACCUGGACCAAUUAAGAAAACCUCAAUCGGCCCAGCCGGGGAUCGAACCCAGGACCUCCGUCAUUAAAUUCACCGCGCAUACCACUGCGCCACGGAGGCCGUCAAAAAUAACUGAAAAUCUUGAGUUAAUUCGUAUUAUAGGUUUGUACAAUCAAAUAUGAAUGUGUUAAAGUGCUAGAUAAUAAUUUAGAUAUAUUGGAGUAUCGAAAUUGUGCUGUUUAGAAGUCAGGGAUCCGUAGAACAUUUUGUACAACUUAUUACUAUCAAGUAGUAUACUCAUCAAGAUGAAGCUAUUCAGGUUCAAAAAUUUCGUGAAUACCUUUAUUUACGAAAUUUUUUAACCUUUUUAUUUACGAAAAUUAUCGAUUCUGGUAGCUAACUGAGUUACCAAGAAAUGAAAAAUUCUGAGCGUCGGAACGAGAUAAUGUACCAUGCAAUUUGUCUCUCUCGGAACUAUGUUACUGUCGGAAAGGUUGACAUUUACAUUUCGUAAAUCGUUUCUACUAUGGAAAAGAUACAUUAUAAAAUAAACAGUGGCCUGCACAGGGUUUUCAUCUAGGGUAGGCAUUAUACAUACAAAUUGUGGAUAAUGGAAAAUUCCUCUAAAUACAGGUUCGAAAUGAGCUCUCAGGGUACAUUGUCACUGAGUAUUAUUAUAAUUACUUGUGUUCCUUGAUUACUCACAAUUUCACUCUUGUUUUGUUUUUUAUUUGCGGAUUUUCAAACAUUUUUCAAGUUUUUGAGUUAUAACACUCAAACUGUCUACCGAGUGUAUAAGUUAUAUGUUUAUAAGUUUACUGAAAACUGUAAUUAUUUCGUCAAAAUGUAAAUUAAGUGAAUUUAUAAUUAUUUACGUUGUAAACUGUGAAGGUUACUUUAAUUAAAACUGUAGGUAUCUAUAUGUGUCAACUUAUAUUUUAAUUGGAUAAUAAAGUAUUUUGUAUUGCAA